AUGUUUGUAAAAAUCAUCACCAACAGAGAACUGAAUGCAGAUGGUUGUAGUAAUAUUGAAAUAAAAAAGGACAGCCUUUUGCCCGAUAGUAUAGAAGUUGACAAUCCUAAUUUAUUAAAAAAUGAGACCCUGAAAAGUUCAUCCUUAUCAAUGCCUGCUAUGACUGAAAAUGAAAUUUACAAGAAUGAUAUUGCUUGCUUUAUAAUGAACCGAACGCUGAAAAAGUCUGAAAUUGUUGAUUGUUUAAAACACAUUUGGAUACCUCCAUUAGAUUUUAAUUUUCCAGAGAACAUAGAAGGCAAACAAAAAAGAAAAUUUCAGCAUAAGUAUUUGACACAAUAUUCUUGGCUUGCUUAUAGUGAUAUGCAUAAAGGAGCCUAUUGUAAAUUUUGCGUUUUGUUUGCUUUUUCUGGUGGUGGAAUAGGCAGACAGUUUAAAGAUGCUAAGAAUGACUUCAACAAACAUUCAAAAACAGAAUAUCAUCUUCUUUCUGUUCAAAGAGCAAACGACUUCCUAAUCAAUUUUGAAAGUGGGUUUGAAAAAACAGUUGAUGUACUCUUUGAUAAACAUCUACAACAAACGAUUGAGAGCAACAAAAAAAGGCUGAUACCAAUUGUUAAGACAAUAUUAUUCUGUGCUAGAAAUAAUUUACCAUUGCGUGGUCAUCGAGAAACUGGUUCUUUAUCAUUAGAAAGUGUGAGAAGUUCUUGUAUAGUUGGUGAACAAGGUGUUCUUCGUGCACUUCUGGCUUUUCGGGUAGUCAGUGGUGAUACAGAACUUCAAAGACACUUUGAAACUUCCCCUAAAAACUGCACAAUGAUCAGUCCCAAAGUCCAAAAUGAGAUAAUUGAUGUGAUUGGUGAUGUAAUUGUAGGGAAAAUAGUUGAACGAGUUAAACAAUUUCGAUUUUUUUCAUUACUAUGUGAUGAAACUACUGACAUUAGCACUACUGAACAGAUGACAGUAUGUAUACGAUAUGUAGAUACGUCAUCUUGGAUACUUGGAGAAGAUUUUCUGGGAUUUGAAAAAUGA